AUGUGCCCAUACCUCCAGUACAUCCCAUCUAGCAUACACCAUAUUGUUAGAGCUUGGUUUGACCCCGAUGGGGAUGGUCAUUGUGGGUUUCAAGCAAUCUCACACAUGAUUCAUGGGGACGAGGGUUACUACUUAGAGAUGAGGCAAGCUGUUAUUGGAGAGAUUACUAGCCGAUGGGAUUCUAUAUACAGCAUACAUUACGAUGGGACACUAGAGGAAGACAAGGGUGAGCCGGAGCAUGUAGAACUUGAGUAG